AUGGAGUGGUGUCCCAGACAUGACACCUAAUUUCAUCUUCAAUGCUAAAUAUGUUGACAAUCAAGAUGAGGUCUCUGUGGUCUAUGGUUUACAUGACCCCUUGGUUUUCUCAAGCUUGGUGAUCAAUGAGUCCGGGGUGGUUGAAAGGCUAACGUGGCACGAGAGGGACCAUAGAUGGGUGGGAUUCUGGUUCGAACCAGAAGACAAGUGUGACAAAUAUAGUAAUUGCGGUGCAAUCAGUGACUGAUCCAUAUAGUUCAAGUGGGUUUGAAUGUGCUUGCCUUCCGGGUUUUGAGCCUGAGUCCGCACGUGACUGGUACUUGAGGGAUGCGUCUAAAGGAUGCAUAAGGAAGCGAGGUGGACAAGUGUGUGAAAAUGGGGACGGAUUUGUGAAGGUCACACAUGCUAGGGUUCCCGACAAGUGAAUGGCACGGGUGGACAAAAGUAUGGGAUUGAAAGCUUGUGAGGAGUUAUGCUUUAGGAAUUGCUCUUGCACAGGGUAUACAAGUGCUGAUGUUAAUGGAACAGGAAGGGGAUGCAUCACUUGGGAUGGGGAGUUGAUAGACACUAGUCUAUUUUUACAUGGGGGCCAGGAUUUAUACAUACGUGUGGAUGCAGCUGAGUUAGCUCAAUACUCAAAGAAGUCGAAGAGCUUUGAUCACAAAAGGUUGGUGACAAUUGUGGCAUCCAUCGCCGCAAUGCUUUUCAUAUUGCCUUUGGUGUAUUGGUUGGCUAUGAAGAGGAGGAAAGGCAAGACAGGGAGAAACAAAUUGCCAAUUCGUUGCACUAGUUCACCAUUCUAUCAAGUACCUUCUAGGGGAAACGAGAUCAACGAAAGUGGGACAAACUCAGAUCUACAAUUCUUUGAUCUAAGCACUAUAGUUGCUGCCACAGACUUCUCUCUCAUUAACAAACUUGGACAAGGUGGAUUUGGUAUGGUUUAUAAGGGUCGACUAUAUAAUGGACAGGAAAUAGCUGUCAAAAGACUAUCAAACAAUUCAAGACAAGGGAUAGAAGAGUUGAAGAACGAAGUGAAAUUGAUUGCCAGACUACAACACAAGAAUCUUGUAAGGCUUUUGGGCUGUUGCAUUCAAGAAGACGAAAAGAUGUUAAUCUACGAAUACUUGCCAAAUAAAGGCAUGGAUUCUUAUAUCUUCGAUAAAGCAAGAGGGUCAAUGGUAGAUUGGGGAAAGCGUUUUGAAAUCAUUUUGGGAAUUGUUAGAGGAAUGAUGUGUCUUCAUCAAGACUCAAGACUAAGGAUCAUCCACAUGGAUCUGAAAGCCAGCAAUUUACUGUUGGAUGCCACCAUGAAUCCAAAAAAAUCAGACUUCGGUAUGGCCAAAAUCUUUGCUGGGGACCAAAUCGAAGCUAACACGGUUCGAGUAGUUGGAACAUAGUUUGGGACAUGUGGAACGAAAGCAAGGCCCUGGAUAUAGUUGAUUCAUCAUUGUGCAAUUCAUAUCAGGCUCAUGAAGUGUUGAGAUGUAUACACAUUGGACUAUUAUGUGUGCAAGACACACAUACAUUUGUUCAUUGUCUCAUGACUCACACACAUAGAGUCUCUCUCACACACACACACAUUCACACAUCAUCUUCUUUGUCUCAUGACACACAUACAAUCGAACACAAACACACACAUCACCUUUCACGACUCUCUCCCCCUCUCUAUCUCACGCACUCACACACAGACACACAUCACACAAACACAUGCACACACCAAAGCACACACACAUUUCCCCUUAUUAUUUUCCAAAAAUUUCAAUUUCAUGAAUUUCAUCUCAAUUUACACACCAUCUUUUUCCAUUGUUGGCUUAUGUUGCUAUUUUGAAUUGUUUUAGUUGAAUAUAAAUCUUUUUGUUCACUUAAA